UCCCACCAUCCAUGGUGUUUUGGGUUGAUCAUUACGCAAUUCCAUUAUACCCAUCCAAAGAUUCUCUCUUUCUUCCCUUUUUAUCCCUUCUCCUUCCCCUCCGUUUCUUCUCCUCCUCUAUCUCUCUCGACAGGGAAAGGGAAACGGAUUUCAUCUUCCUCAAUUUCUUGUUCCAGUUUAGAGGUAGGUCGGGGGGAAGAAAACGGAGUCGAUCGAGGAGAAAGAUGAUCGGAAUUUCAUUUGUUGCUGUGUCUUUGCGGGAUUAAGGAUCCGUUUGCCUCGGCUCUGGUUCUGUUGUUCUGAAGGACGGGGAUUCGGUUCUCGAAAUUUUGGCCUUCCGUUAACCAUGGGGAACAUCGGGAGCAGUGGCAACAGCGGUGGUCGCCGGAGGCAAAGGAGUAGGCGGAAUCACCGGGGUUCUGCUCCUGAUCCUGCUCCUGUUCCUGCUCCUUCUCCUACUCCUGCUCCGCCGCAGCAAGAAAUGUCAGCCAACCGUUACGUGUUCGCCGCGGCCACGCCGUAUCCGGCACAGUACCCUAACCCUAACGGUCCUCCUCCCCCUCCAUAUUACCAGUACCCUGGAUACUACCAGCAUACUCCCCCGCCGAUGCCUGUGCCACUUCCGACGCCGUACGAUUACCAUCAUCGUGGUGGUGGCCACAUGGACCCUGCCUAUUGGCCGAGGCACCCAUAUAGUCACAUGAUGCCGGCUCCGCCGCAUUAUGUUGAGUAUCAGAAAGCGAUCACUAUACGUAACGACGUUAACUUAAAGAAGGAAACUUUGAGAUUGGAGCCGGAUGAGAAGAAUCCGGGGAAGUUUUUGGUUACUUUCACCUUUGAUGCUACUGUUGCUGGGAGCAUCACUGUUAUUUUCUUUGCAAAAGAGGGUGAUGAUUGUAACCUGACUCCAGCGAAGGAAAAUAUUCUAGCACCAGUGACAGUGCAUUUUAAACAAGGCCUUGGCCAGAAGUUUAGGCAGCCCUCUGGAUCAGGGAUUGACUUCUCUAUGUUCGAGGAGUCAGAGCUACUGAAAGAGGGUGAAAUGAAUAUUUAUCCUCUAGCAGUUAAGGCAGAGGCAUCUUCAAUCAACCAGAAUAGUUUGGAAGGAAUCCCAGUAUCAGGAACCCCAAAUUCUCAGAUAACUCAGGCUGUGUUUGAGAAGGAUAAGGGUGAAUACCAUCUGAAAGUAAUGAAACAGAUACUCUGGGUCAAUGAAACAAGGUAUGAGCUGCAGGAAAUUUAUGGAAUUGGGAAUUCAAUUGAUGGUGAUGUUGAUGCAAAUGAUCCAGGGAAAGAAUGUGUUAUCUGCCUCUCAGAACCACGGGAUACAACUGUCCUUCCCUGCAGGCACAUGUGUAUGUGCAGUGGCUGUGCAAAGGUUUUGAGGUUCCAAACCACUCGAUGCCCAAUUUGCAGACAGCUAGUUGAUAGGCUUUUGGAGAUAAAAGUCAACAAUGACACGGAUGAAUGAAAAGACAAAAUGUUUCUUCUUACUAGCUUGCUGUAUAGUAGUUUGUUGUCUUCCUUAUAUUUCCUUUCUCGCGGUCUUGAUUUUCAUAUUUUGAAAAUUUCUCCCCUUUUUAAAAGGUCUGGCAUUUGAAAUAAUCAGACAGGAAGUUAUAACUAUAUGCAGGCAUGUUAUGAACUAUAUGAAUGAAAUAGCAGGAAUUGCAUUGUAAUAUUUUUGCUUACGUUCUUGUAUGCAUGUGUUAUACGGCCCAGUUCCAAAGUUCAACUCUCCAUUCUCAAGGAAUUCAGUAUGUAUGUGGGAACUUCUGCUUGCUAUUUAGUUGGUAGACAGUGUACCAGGGACCUAAUUAUUUCGAAAAUGAGAUAGGUAUAAUCUCAUCUGGUAUUGUAGCUUACAAUCACUAUAUAUUAAUAUAUGAUUGGUUUUUUA